AUUUCUCAAUUGAGAUAUUAUCCAGCUCCAUGGCGGAACCAAGUCCCGACGAUGAUGGUUCGAAGUCGUAUUUCCAGAAAACGGUGGUGCUGAGAGAUUGGUGGUUGAUAAAAUGUCCAAAGGAAUUCGACGGCAAACAAUUUGGUGUUGCUGGAUUCGAAGUUUCCGUCGAGACUCGAGCAAUGCGUGUGUUUAAAUCCUCCCCAAUCAUCAGAGCUUUGGAUGUUUUCACACUCUUAGCAUCUGAUGGAAUCUAUAUAACUCUCCGUGGUUUUCUUAACAAAGAACGCGUUGUUAAUAGUGGAUUUACCCCUGAGAUUUCUCGUGAAUUUAUCUUCGGGUUUCCUCCUUGUUGGGAACGAUUUUGUAACAGUUGCUUUGUUGGAGACUCUAUUGGCACUGAUAUUAAUACCGUCCCUUCGACAAUCGAUAGAGCUUGUCCUCCCAUUUUAUCACCAUGUAAGUACUCGAACGGGAAUGUAGAGGAUAAUCCAGCUGAGAGUAGAGAUAAAAGCAGUGUGACUGAGACAGAUAUCGCAGAGAUUAAUGAUAAAGAUGGUUCGAGAGCAAGAGCUAAAAAAACUGCAAGUAGAAAGUCUCUUCAUCUAAGUGAAGAGGAGGAAAGGAAACUUGAAUCGAGUAAAGUCCAGAACGCUACUAAUGAAGGAGAUCAUGGUAGUGUAUGUUUAAGUAAGGCUAAGAGCGGUGAUGUAGAAAACGAUGGAUGUGAGGCUAUCAAUAAUGAAGACAGUGAAUGGAAACUCGAUGGCAGUGAGCUCCAGAAUCGUACUAAUGAUGGAGUUCAUGGUAGUGAAGGUUUAAUUAAGGCUAAGAGCAGAGAUGUAGAAAAAGAGGAGUGCGAAGUUAUCGAUAAUAAUGUGAUAUCGCCAGCGGUUGGAUGUGGUAUUAAGUAUACCGGUGCAGAUAAUGUUGAUAAAGUAACAAGUGCGAGUGCUACUGUAGAAUCACUGACUUCAGAACAGCGAAAAGGUGUACUGGGAACGACAGCAUCUCCACAUUCCCUGCUUAAAGAUUUAGACAAGAGUAGCAAAUCUGAAAAGAAAGGAAUAUCGAAGAAAAGUAAGAAUGCUACUAAAGAAUUACUGCCGUCAGAACAGGGAAAAGGUAGAGUGAAGGUAACAAAGGCAUCUCGAGAUCCCCUGUCGAAGGACUUAAUUAAUAGUCGCAAGCCUGGAAAGAAAGGAAAAUCAAGGAAAAGUGAGAAGACCCUUCAAAGUGACAGCAAUGUGGUAGAGCCUAUGAAUCAGUCGAGGUCUCAAGUUGAAGAAGCUGAAGAAAACUUGUCAUGGGAAAAAAUAAAGAGGAAAAUCGACUUUGAUGUGGAGGUAACACCGGAAAAAGAAGUGAAGAAGCAGAAGACCAAUGCGGAGUCUACUGAUUCAGUGGGACAAAAACGGUCAAGAUCAGGAAGGGUGCUUGUAUCAUCACUAGAGUUUUGGCGCAACCAAAUUCCUGUUUAUGAUAUGGAUCGGAACCUUAUCCAAGUAAAGGAUGGUAGUGAAACUAACUCCACUCCAUCUAAAGGAAAAGGAUCGAAUUCUCGAAAGCGAAGAAGUUGAAAAUCACAAACUAUAUCAAACUUUGGUAAUUAAUAAGUAGGUUUUAAGGUCUCUGACCCUGUAAUCAUUGUGUUGGGUCGUGAAACUCUCUUAGUAUUUCUAGCUGAGUAAUAUUUAUUUUGCUUUUUCUAUUGUUUAAUAAUAUCUAUGAAUUUAU